AUUCGGAAAUUCGGAACGGUGAUACUAAAUAGCUUCUCAUGAAAUUAUAUGAAGUCUAAGAUGAACAAAAAGUAACCGAAGGGGCACUAAGGGUUACCCAUACCGAUUUCGGAAUUUUUAUACGAGCAGCCUCCACUGCUUGUUGUAUUUGGUAGUAUAACAUUCUGACAAACAUGGGUACUAAUCAAUCCUGGUUCGGGCUAAGCAAAGCUGUACGAUAGGUUUUUAAUUUUUAAUUUAUUUUGAAUUUUCGCGCCAUUCGAAACCUAAUUUUCUCCACUUUCACUUCCGUCCCGGACAGACAUUUCCAGCUUAUAAUAUAGAUUUUACCGUUUCUUAUCUGGUAUGCGACUGAAAUUCGUGUGGUUUAUGUACUCCAAAUUGUCUAACGGGACUCCUUAUUAGAUUGGAAUAUUUGUGUUGGGUUACAUUUUUGCAUGAGUAUUUAAUUUGUAAUUUGUCCUCCAGACCUGCCGUACACUUCGAAGGAGAAGAUGUUUCUAAUCUGCCUCCGCUUCUUUAUGGACGCUUUGGCUUUGGCCGAUAUGGUCUUCGCAUGUUUCACCAUGGCGUCGAUCUACGGCCUGCUGUCCGUCUUUUUACCCUGUCAACCUGGGCUGUUCAGUUCAAUUAUCUGUACAGAAGGACAUGUAUUUGCAUUCCCCCCAUUAUGGAAAACGGGCAUCCUAAUCUUCUUCGCCAUUCUGGAGUUUGUCGUCUACAUGCAGGUCGGCCUGGGUGGAAUGUACUACAUCGUCACCGUGCUCCUAACCGGCGUCACCUUUCUGUGGAUCGAAUGUGUCACAUUUAUCCGAAAAUGGGAGCAAGGACUUGCUACUCUUAUCGAGUACAGAAAAGUCCAAAUGUUCGAAAAGGUCUUGAAUGCUUGCACGCGAAAUAGAAUCUUCUUGAAGACGGCACUUCUCACGCCAUCGUUGCAGAUUUUCUUGUCUUUCGCGGUCAUCACGAUGUACCGGUCGAAUCAGGUCGACUCUCCCAUAAUGGCCAUGUUCCUGCUUGUGUACCUUUUAAACUUGGCAUUUACCCUGCAGACGUUCUCAUCUGCGGCCAAGGUAAACAUGGCGAGCCAGAAGUGGGUCGAUUCAUGCAAAGGGAGGACUACAAGUAAAUUUGAGAGAAAAAUGCACAAAUCCCUGGCCCCGCUGAGGUUAAUGUUUGGUAACAAUUUUGUCGAAGUUUUGACACCGCUGGUAGUGCAGGAAUUCUGCGUGAGACAAAUGAUGUCAUUUUUGGUGAUAAUGAGUAAAUAGAUUGUGAAAAAUCGAAUUGGAAGCUGAUUUCUAAACAGAUCCUGGUACCGCAGACGCAUUUUCCCAGUAAAACAAAUUAGCAAAAAUACGAUCGACGAGACUGAAGUAACAUUUACUCGAAUGGGGAGCUGAUUCAUGAGUAACUAGCGUGCACGUGUAAGUUAAAUUGAUGGAAAAUAGAAGUUAUAAAUAUAGGAGUAAGGAAUUGAGGAGACUCACUAAUACUGUAGGAUCCAGAUUUAAGGGCCAAUGGUCAACGUUUCGAACCUUCGUUCUUCCUCAGGACCGGAGGGAUAAUUUUGUGGUGACUGCUCACGGGAAGAACCAAUGUGAGUGUGAGGAUAUGGGAAUGGGAAGGAUAGGAAGACUGCCAGACCACGUGGGCGUAGCAGUCUAAAUUGCAACCAAAUUGCAAAUUGCAACCAAUUCGUGACCCAAUCAGCAAUUUCACUAAUUUCACUAAUUUUGGCACUUUUCCUUGUAAUCGGCCACGUUGCAAAACCUGCACUCACGUUCUUAAACGUUCCUCUUUAAAUAUUAAAACAGUAAAUUUUGAAAUUAAGUCUUUUUCUACUUGUACUAGUUCUUGUUUAAUCUACGCAAUUACUUGCAAGAGAUGCCUUGAUGUCAUUUACAUUGGCCAAACUCUUCGCAAAUUAGCCGAUCGUUUUCGUGAACAUUUACUUUCCAUUCGCAAUGAUUCCCAUACCACAGUUUCAGAUUAUUUUGUUCAUAAUCACAGUGAUGAUGAUAUUAUGAUCACUGCUUUAAUUAAGGCUCCGUCAGACGAGAAGGCUCGCCUGACUCUUGAGAAUAAAAUUAUCUUUCAUUUCAAAGCCAACAAACCUCCUGGUUUAAAUGUAAACUUUAGUUUUCUAUUAAAGUAAACUUUGCGAGUUCAAUAUACCCUCAGGGCGGUUUUUAAUUGCUGACGGGUGUCCGGGCGACCCCGAGGUACCUGAGCCUAGACUGCUACGCCCACGUGGUCUGGCAGUCUUCCUAUCCUUCCCAUUCCCAUAUCCUCACACUCACAUUGGUUCUUCCCGUGAGCAGUCACCACAAAAUUAUCCCUCCGGUCCUGAGGAAGAACGAAGGUUCGAAACGUUGACCAUUGGCCCUUUAAUCUGGAUCCUACAGUAUUAGUGAGUCUCCUCAAUUCCUUACUCCUUGUUAUCCUCACUCGCACAUUUUUACCAACCAGAAGUUAUAAAUAUACAUUUGCUCACAACCACAGCAAUACAUAGAAAUGAAAAAAUGAACUCUCACUAGUUAUGGGUUACUCCCGGCUUUAACUUAAAAAAUAAAAUACAAUCAUACAUAUAUAUUAACUUUAGGUUAAAAAUUAAAACGUAAAUUAAGACUUUUGAACUAAAUAAAUUAUAAAAUAAGAUACUGGAUAUGCAUUAAAUGCAUACAUUACGAAAGAAAAAUGUCCUAUAAAUGAAAUAAACUGCAUACACUGCACGGUUUUAUCAGAUUA